UACGUCUAUGGUUAACAAGCUCUAUCUACUGACUCAAGCCAUUUAUAUAAUAAAUCCCAUCGUUCAGUUGCCUUUUGUACUGGACGGUCUUUCAACACUUCCGAUAGUAUAUCCAUCUCUGGAACCAAAAGUCUUCUGCAGGUGACACGUUUCCGCUUAAUUGUGGAUAAGUUAGUUUAUGCUUGAUGGGUUUUGUUUCCCCAUUUGAGACUCCAUUUGACAUUUUCAGAACAUCCAGGUUUUUGUUUUCUGUUUUCUUUCAGCUCCUGGUGUGGGAGGGACCAGGUCGGAGGAAGAAAGGCAAGUAUGCUUGGAAAAAGUCACUGAAGAGGAGAGACCCCAGGGGAUGAAAACUGAAAGUGAAGACAAGAGGGACGAGUCCUUUCCUGUUCCACAUGAAAAUUCCGGUGAACAUUGUGUCCAAGAAGGCAUGAACCAAAGCAGCAAAACUCUCGAGGACCCGGUGUACAAGGAAAGCUUCCAAUUUCACGUCAGUCUAAAUACUCAGUGGGAGAUCCACCGAGGGAGAAAAACGAUGGCACGCUCAGGAUACAGUGAGGAUUUUUGUCAUACUUUAGCCCCAGAAAAAGAUCUAAGCAUACCUAGAGAAGAGGAGCCAUUUAGAUACAUGGACGGUGACAAAGGCAUAAAUGAGAGCGCAGACUUUGCUUCUCAUAUAACACUCCACACAGGGGAUAAAUCUUUUGAGUGUCCCGAUUUUGGAAAGAAAUUCAGCCACAACACAAGCCUUGCUCAUUAUAUGGGGCUCCAGACAGGGACGAAACCAUUUUCGUGCUCUGAAUGUGGAAAAUCCUUCAGUCGGAGAAAGCACCUUGCUGACCAUAUGAGGGUCCACACCGGGGAGAAACCCUUUACCUGCGUGGAAUGUGGGAAGAGCUUCAGUGACAGAAGUUCUCUUAGAUCCCAUCGAAAGAUCCACACAGGGGAGAAACCCUUUGAAUGCCUGGAAUGCGGGAAAAGGUUGGGUUACAACCGAAGCUUGGUUUUCCAUAUGAGAAUCCACAGAGGGGAGAAACCGUUUCCGUGCUUGGAAUGUGGGAAGAACUUCAGAACUAGAAGCACGCUUAGUCGCCACCAAAAGAUCCACACCGGAGAGAAGUCCUUUCAGUGCUCCGAAUGCGGAAAGAGCUUCCGGCACAGAAGCACCCUCUGUUCCCAUAUAAAAAUCCACACAGAGGAGAAACCGUUGAAGUGCGUGCAGUGUGACGAGACUUUCUAUCACGGGGAAAGUUUUCGCUCUCACAUGAGAAUUCACACAGGGGAAAAACAAGGCCAAGAACUUCAGGAGUUCAUGUUCUUUCUUCCAUAGGUCCUGAUUUUUUCCCCUCCUCCCUCCUCUUCUCUUUUUAUGGUUCCACAACAUUUGUUCUACAGCAGCAUUUCUUACAAUCAGACUUUUCCAAGGAUCAUGAGGUAUAUAGUUCAUCCAUGAGCCAGCACAUUACAAUAGGAUCCCCUUAUCCACAGGAUGAGUAUUCACUUAUCCAUGGUCUGAAAGUAUUAAAAAUAUUAAAAGAAAAAAAAUUAGAAAUAUGGUAUAUAUUUCUAACGAUGAAGGCCACUUGAGAGAGCCAGAGACCAUACUAUGUAUAGCAUUCAUUAGAGAAAUACAGUUGUGCCCCAUUGGACGAUUACCCCAC